AUGUCGGUCACGUUGCACACCACACAUGGCGAUAUCAAGAUCGAGGUGUUUUGCGAGUCCGUACCACGAACGGCAGAGAACUUCCUGGCGCUUUGCGCGUCAGGAGCAUACGAAGGCACGCCUUUUCAUCGUGUUAUCAAAGACUUCAUGGCACAAGGCGGCGACACAUCUCUUUCGUCAAGUACCAAUGCGGAAAUGCGGACGACCAAAGGAGGCACGUCCAUCUGGAAUGAAUACUUCGACGAUGAGAUCAAAAUACCAGCGCUCCGCCACAGCAGCAGAGGGAUGGUGUCGAUGGCCAACAAAGGUCCGUCCACAAAUGGCAGUCAGUUUUUCAUCAUCUUCAAGGAGUCACCUCACCUCGACGGCAAGAAUACAGUCUUCGGCAGAGUGAUAGCAGGCGCCGAAGAGGGCGGCACUCUGGACAGAAUCGAGGAGGUUGAAGUAGACAAGAAGUAUCGUCCAAAGGGCGAGAAGAUUGUCGUGGAGAGAGUUACAAUGCACGCGAAUCCGAUGGCCAGCUGA